GCUGUGCUGUCUUCCUAGUUACCGGCAGGCUCAGGCAGCGGUCCUGGAAGCCCUACCUAGGUUGCGUAAGCUCCAAAUUCCUACUAGAAGGCCAGAUGAUUACUUUGCAGAGAUGGCCAAGUCAGACCAACAGAUGCAGAAGAUUCGACAGAAGCUUAAGAGUAAACAGGAAGCAAUGGAGAGGUCUGAGAGAGCGAAACAGCUCCGUGCAAUGAGAAAAUACGGCAAGAAGGUGCAAACUGAGAUUCUGCAGAGGAGACAAAAGGAGAAGAAAAAUAUGUUGAAUGCAGUCAAGAAAUACCAGAAAGGUCUCUCCGACAAGCUGGAUUUUCUAGAUGAAGAGCAGACAUCAUCUCAAGGGAAUAAAAAAGGCAGUGCAAGUCAACGGAUAAAGAAGGGACCAAAUGCCAAAAGACGAUACAAGAAUCAGAAGUUUGGUUUUGGUGGGAAGAAGAAGGGCUCAAAGUGGAACACAAAGGAGAGUUUUAAUGAUGUAUCCAGCUUCCGGUCAAAAGUGGCUCACAACAAAGGCCCAGGAAAAUCAGGAAAAGGAGGAAAAAAAGCCCUCAAUAAGAGACCUGGAAAGAGAGCAAGGCAGAAAAUGAAAAGCCGAGCACGAUAGGAGGACCGUGCUCCCCAGUGGGGUUCCUGUGUUUCUGUGUGUUACAAGAUGUGUUUCUGCUGUCAUCAAGCAGCUAACCGUGGAGCAAGCUGGGUGCUUUCAAGUGGCAAGAAAGAAGUCAGUGGAAGCUGGUGCCUUAUCACUAAUUUCUUCUUACUGUCUGUUUCGUUGAAGGAUUGUUUUCUACUUAAACCUUUGGUGUGUGAACGCAUUAAAUGGUUUGCACAGAACUAUGUCUAAUUCAUGUUGAACUGUGUUAUGAACGGUGGCUGAAGCCUGCCCUUUGUUCCCUUCAUUCUGACAGCUUUUUCCACAGCUACUGUUGACAUGUACUUGGUGAACCUUGAGUUCUGGGUCACGUUGCCAAUGUCAAAAUAAGAAGUCUGAAGCCUGUUGAGAUGUUAAAGUGGUUUUUAGACUACUUAUAUAGAUGGGUUUGGAAACAGCAGUGAGACAAAUACAGCAAUCUUAUAAAUAGGUUUAUUUCUGUAACUAUUGCCAGGCUGCAAAUCUGGACAGACCGAGUUUCUCUCUUCCCUUUCCUUGCUAUCUUCUCUUGCCAGAAAUGUACCAGACUCAUCUAAUAACAAGCAGGGCCUAACAGAUUAGAUGUCAUUAACUGCUUCUAAGCUGUGUGGCUUGGCCACUCUACAACUUCAGGUUCUCAGAGUGCUCCUCCCUGUGCCCCAUGGCAGGCAUUUAUUUAGUGAUCUCGGUUCUCCGUCGUGGGAAGUAGAGUCUGCGGUCAGUACGGUCCACGUGAAUCUGGGAAAGAAAAAUGAUGAAUAGUCAUGUGCUUUUACUAGAAUUGGUAGUAAUAGUCCCUCCUGAGAAGAGUGGUGCACAGUGUUCUUGCUGCUGAGAAAUGCCAAAGUGACAAACGAGUAGGGUACCACUUAUAUGAGAAUAUAUUGUUCACUGCUUCAUUACGGUAGAACCUGGUGAAAAAGGAAAACUUAACGUAUGAAACAGCAUCAUGUGUCCUGACUCUAUAAAUUUAACUCACUUCCCUACAAGCAAAUUUAGUUGCCUCUUUCCUGACAGUCUAAUCCUACCACCAGUAUCUAAUAGCGUAAAGACCUGCUGGGAUGUCUGUCUCUAGCCUUGUCAUGAGUAACUAGUUUACCUGAAGUGUAAAAUGAAAACUUGCAGAAGACUAUCUUAUUUUCUUAUUUAUCUUAGUUUUCUUUGUAACAGGCCAAAAUUAAUCAGGGUCUCAUUUGCCUUUCUCGAAACACUAAUCUACAAAGUCAGUCAUCAUCACAGCUAUUCAUUUGUUGGAUAUGAUUGAUGUCUCAGCUCGUUAAUAAGAUUUCUUUUCCUCCUGUUUAUUCACGCUUCCCCAAAUGAAUCCUCACUGGUGUAUUCUGCCUCGGGUAUGCUUAGCUGAUUAUUAAUUUUAUGGUUCUGCUUGCAAUUUGUUUGAAAGAUAUUGUACAGCAGCACAUUUCUUUUCACAGUACUCAUGUAUACAUGUCACUUCACAUUGCUCACUACGCCAUUUCUCAUGGCUGAAUGCUUUAAUAAACAGCCGUGAUUACGUA